AUGGCGUCCGACAAAGACUCCAGAAAUCAAUGUGAACUCAUUUUGAAACUUACACAAUGUUUAUAUCGCGCUGUACAGUAUGUUUCGUGCAAAAAAUUAAAUCGAUUGGCUGAAAGUGAAAGAAAUGAUGAUCAAAUCCUCGUAAAUGAAAUACUAAAUAUUUUUUCUCAAACAAAACCAAUGUUCCAAGAGAUUAUGAAUUUAACGGAUAGAGUUGAACAGAUGGUUAAAUCGCCAAGUGAGAUAACUCUAAACGUUUUGGAAGAAUUAUUUCACUACAAUGGAGGGGGAGGAAUCCUCACAGAAGAAAAAAUGAACAAGCUUUCAAAUUUUCUAACUAGCGAAGGCUUUCAGGACGCCAGUAUCGAAAACAGGCAACCACAGCAACAAGAGAUAGAAAAAUACGAGAACCCUGAAAAAGAGAACAAACUGCAGAAUGUUGAUGGAAAUAAAGCAUGCGGAAAAGAAAAGAAUGAUGAACCUAUUGAACCUGGAUCAAAAUCCACUGAGCAUCCUGAUAUAGGUUCACCUAACAGCCUAUUUACAAAUUUGUUCCAAAAGUAUCUUAAAUCGGCAAACGAAGAAAAUGCCACGCCUUUGCACAAAUAUGCUGGUCGUGAAAAUACCUUUUUGGAUGAAGAUUUGGAAAGAGCAAAAAUACUCGACGAUGCACAGCAUGAGAACAUGGAAACCGAAGAAAGUGUGUUGAGCAAAAAGAUUCCCAGUCAAGGAGAGGAAAUUGUAUCUACAAAAAACAAAGAGGUUUUGGCUCAUCUUAAAAAGGGAUUGCCCACGACAGAAGGUGUGAACUCAAAAACACUUGACGAAUUCAAAUCAUCGAAAGGCAAAGAUGAGGGCUUGGAAACGAAAGCAAGGGCGUUGAACAACAAGAUUCCCAGUCAGGGAUCCGGAGAAGAAACUGUAUUUACCGAAUAUCAAAAGGUUUUGGCUGAUCUUGGGGAACUACUUUUUAAAGAAAGUGCCAAAGAAAUCGAAGAAAAAAGAGCAAAACAUUUUCAGCAAAUAUUCCCAACAUCACAAGGAGUUCGUUCAAAGCAACCUUUCAAUGUAAAUUCUUGUUUUAAUUCUAAUGCGAACGAAUUCCGAAAUGGUGAAAAUACAGCAACACAAAAACAACUUCGAGGGGAGACAAGCAGUAGACAGAGAAAUGAAGCUAAAGCAAUCAACGUGGCGGCCUCGACAUCAUUUGUUCAGACAGCAUCGCAAAAUUUGCAAUUGGUGCAAAUUGAAAGUGGAAAAGGUGUCGUGGAAAUUUCAUCUGAAGUUCAAAGCAAUCCGACCCUCCAAAAUGAUGAAGAUCUCUCAUUCUCAGUUCAACAAGAUGAUUCCAAUGGAAGAAAGGUCAUAUCCCUGAGUAAUAAGCCAUCAACAUCCGUAGCUACGAUGUUAUACAACAACUACAAGAUAUUGUUGCUCACUCUGUCUCAAAUUCUUCUUUCUUCUGAAGUUAUAAAACUCAAAGACUGGGCAAGUCAGAAUUUCUCGAUUGAGAACGUUUCAAAUGCUUCUGAUGUAUUCUUCAAACUUGAUGAAAAAUGGGCUAUAAACGCUGAAGAUUUAAGUAAUCUUUGUGUUUUUUUCAAAUCCAUUAUCCGAUAUGAUCUUCUGCACACGAUUGAUCUAUUCCUUCUUGGAGAUUAUAGUCUACUUCGGAGGUAA